ACCAAUAGAAGGAGGAAUAGAUUUUCUCGCUUUGGUUGGAUCCGGGAGAUCUAAGGCGCAUCUACACGGUAGAAUUAAUGCGGUUUGAUAACACUUUAAUUGCCAUGGCUCUUUGCUAAGGAAUUCUGGGAGUUGUAGUUUUGAUUUCUCUUCCACUGCCUCCAAAAUGGACAUGGGUGGUGGAGGCCGGAUCCCGUACGACGACUAUCCAGUUGUGUUCCUGCCUCCCUAUGAAAGCCCUCCUGCCUGGAUCCCUCCCCAUGAGAGAAUUUACCAUUCUGAUUACAACAAUGAGCUCACCCAGUUCCUGCCUAGGACGAUUGUGCUGAAAAAGCCUCCUGGGGCUCAGCUGGGAUUUAACAUCCGAGGAGGAAAAGCAUCCCAGUUGGGGAUCUUCAUCAGGACAGUAAAUAAAGAGCAACACACAAAACACAGGGGAAUGGGUUGCUGUGAGUUUUCAGGCUGUAUGGCCAUGUUCUAGAAGAAUUCUUCCCAGUGUGGGAGAAAGAACGCUUGUCUGUUGGAGGCAGGUGUGAAUGCUUCAAUUGUCCACCUUGAUUAGCAUUGAAUAGCUUCAAAGCUUGGCUGCUUCCUGCCUGGGGGAAUCCUUUGAUGUGAUUUUUUAUUGUUGUUGUUAUUAUUAUUAUUAUUAUUAUUAUUAUUAUUAUUAAGCCUAUCUAUCUACCUUGCCACAUAUUCUCCACAUUGUGUAUAUGUCUAUGUAUAUAUAAGAUACACACAUACAAACACAUAUGCAGGGACCAUAUGUGA